AUUACGUAAUUGGAGUAAAGAGAUGCAUGCAUUAUUGUAACGGAAUAAAUAUUGAUCCUCUGGUCAGAAUAUAUGUAAAUGAUACGACCCAGUCGAUGUCCCUAUUGUCGAGGAAUCAUAAGGUUCAAGUUCGAAGAUAUUCUGGGUUCCUCGUUGGGCAGUAUAUGAGUAUUAAUAGCAAAUACCGUCCAUUCGAGUUUUGACCAUACUUGCAGCUAGAUCAGUGUACAUAAAAAUAAAUAAAUGAAUAGUACCUGGGGUUUACGUUUGAUGAGCGUCGCUUUCAGUGAUAAUUUAUGAAUGCGGGAAUCGAUUUAUUUUUAUUCCGUACAAGUUUUUUCAAGGAUAAUAACAAACCCAUCGAUUCGCGCAUUUGUCGUGCGCUCCUCGAAACAGUCGUUUACUUUCACCGAAAGCAACGACAUUAUGGCAUUAAGCGGUAGUUUGGCACACGCAAACUCUCAUGAGAGAAGCGAUCUCGUUGCCUAUUGGAGUGUACCACUGUGCGAUGGCGUUCAUACUGUCGAAUUUGAGCACGGAUCAACAAGUGGUAAGAGAGUUCUUCGAGUGGAUGGAAAAGAGAUUCUCAGACGCGAAUGGAUGUUUAAAUUGGUCGGUGACGAGAAAUUCACCAUCGGAAGCCAUAAAACCAAAUGCGAGCUUCGAGUCGAUCCUCUUCCUCAUUUCACUUUUAGUUACAGCCUUGUUGUGGACGGAAAACCAUUAGAGAAGUUUUUGGAAAAGCAAAACAAAUCAUUGAGGACCUGGGCAGUCUUAUCGAACGGCAAGAGAUAUAGAGUAGUUUUUGAGAAGCAGACUUUAAAUAUUUGGGUGAACGGUAACAUCAUCGAUGCUGAAAAUGUUUUCGUGCAAAACGGAACUGAAAUGCGCUUCAAGUUGGGAGAAGUCGACGCUUUGCUACGUUCUUCAGCAAUCGAAAAGCAAGGAAUAUUACAUCAUCUCUAUUUACAAGGAAACAGAGUAGAAGAGGAUGGAGAAUUACCGCAUUGGAAGAGAUAAUAUAAAUUAUAUAUAAUUUCUA